AUGGUAGGCGGAGGAGGUGGAGAAGUCAUCGGCGGCCACAGCGGCGGCCGCGGCGAGGUGGUGGUAGUCGGCCGAGCGGAGAUCGACACCAGGGCGCCGUUCCGGUCCGUCAAGGAGGCCGUCGUCCUCUUCGGCGAGAGGGUCCUCGCCGGGGAGCUCUCUGCUGGACGGCGGCCACUCUCCGUCAGCGAGCAUACUCGAUCGAUUGCACAGAAUCGAGUGGCGGCAACAAGACCCAACCACCACGCCGUGAGCGUCGCCGCCGGCGCGGUCACCACCGCUACGCCACGCCCCGUGCCACCACUCACCGCGGAGCUGGAGGAGGCAAAACAGAAGCUGGAGAAGGAGCGGGAGGAGAAGCAGAAGAUGGCCGGGUGCAUCCAGACCCUACAGGAGGAGCUCAGCCACGCUAUGAUGGAACUCAAGAGGCUCAAGGUGCGCAACGACGAGGAGGCCGGAGCCAAGGUCAUCGACCUGGAGAUCGACGAGGGCCUCCACUUCACCGAGGCCGCUGAGAAGCAGCCGGCGCCGCCACGGGGCGUCACCGCUGACGGCAGCCUCGCUGCUGCCGGAGGCGAGCUCCAGAAGAAGAGGUACGUGACGUUCGCCGACCCACCGACGGUCGCCGCCACCACCGCCGCAUGCCGUGCGCCACCGUUGCCGGAUGUGGUGAUGGAGCUGCACCGCGCGCCGCCCCAUCAGCCCCACCAGCCGCAGCCGCAUUACUACCGGGAGCUGCGGUUCCAGAGGCAGAUGUCGGCCGGGCACGAGGCCGCCAAGGCGAUGGCGGAGGAGGGAAGGAAGAAGAAGAAGCCGCUCAUCCCGCUGGUGGGCGCGCUCUUCAUGCGGAGGAAGAAGAGCAGCAGCAGCUGCCACGAUCACACGGCGUUUUGA